GGCAGCAUGUUUAAAAAGCGUAGACUCCCAAUUGGACGGUUCAUAUUGGAGCCGAGCUAGCACGUGUGCGAAGAUUUAAGAUCGAGAUUUGGAAUUGCCAGCAUGGUUGCCCAGAACUCCGACAAAAUGCGGGCCCUGGCCCUGAAGCUCUUCGAGAUCAAUGCCUUUAAGUUCGGCGACUUCAAGAUGAAGGUGGGCAUAAAUUCGCCGGUCUACUUCGACCUCCGAGUGAUCGUCAGUUAUCCGGAUGUGAUGCAAACCGUAUCCGACCUGCUGGUGGAGCACAUCAAGGACAAGCAGCUGAGCGCCAAACACGUGUGCGGUGUCCCCUACACGGCGCUCCCGCUGGCCACCAUUGUGUCCGUGCAGCAGGGAACGCCCAUGCUGGUGCGGCGCAAAGAGGCCAAGGCCUACGGCACCAAGAAGCUGGUCGAGGGCAUCUUCAAUGCCGGCGACACCUGUCUGAUUGUCGAGGACGUGGUCACCUCUGGCUCCAGCAUCCUGGACACGGUGCGGGAUCUGCAAGGCGAGGGCAUUGUGGUCACCGACGCCGUGGUCGUCGUGGACCGUGAGCAGGGCGGAGUGGCUAACAUCGCCAAGCACGGCGUGCGGAUGCACUCGCUCUUCACGCUCUCCUUCCUGCUGAACACCCUCCACGAGGCCGGGCGCAUCGAGAAGUCCACCGUAGAGGCAGUGGCCAAGUACAUUGCCGCCGUGCAAAUCAACAGCGAUGGUACCUUCGUCGGCGGCGAUAAGGCCGACAUUGUCGGAGCCAACGACUUGCAGCGCACUAAACUGACCUACGAGAGUCGCGCCAAUCUGGCCAAGAGCGCGGUGGCCAAGCGCCUCUUCAACCUGAUAGCCAGCAAACAGACGAACCUCUGCUUGGCCGCCGACCUGACCAACGCCGAUGAAAUCCUGGACGUGGCCGACAAGUGCGGUCCGUACAUCUGCCUGCUGAAGACGCACGUGGACAUUGUGGAGGAUUUCAGUGAUAAGUUCAUCGCUGACCUGCAAGCUCUGGCACAGCGGCACAAUUUCCUGCUGAUGGAGGAUCGCAAGUUCGCAGACAUCGGCAACACGGUGUCCCUGCAGUACGGCAAGGGCAUCUAUAAGAUUUCCAGUUGGGCUGACCUGGUCACGGCCCACACCUUACCUGGACGCAGUAUUCUGCAGGGUCUGAAGGCGGGCCUUGGCGAGGGAGGAGCCGGCAAGGAACGCGGCGUCUUCCUGCUGGCAGAGAUGUCGGCCAGCGGCAACCUGAUCGACACGAAGUACAAGGAGAACAGCAACAAGAUCGCCACCGAGGGCGCCGAUGUGGAUUUCGUGGCCGGUGUGGUAUGCCAAUCCUCCGAUGCCUUUGCCUUCCCCGGUCUUCUGCAGCUGACACCCGGUGUGAAGAUAGACGAGGGCGUGGACCAGUUGGGCCAGCAGUACCAGAGCCCGGAGCAUCUGGUCAAGGAGCGUGGAGCCGAUAUCGGAGUGGUGGGCAGGGGCAUCCUAAAGGCCACCAACCCGAAGCAGGCGGCCCAGACGUACCGCGACCGCCUUUGGGCAGCCUACCAGGAUCGAGUCGCCAAGUAGAAAACCCAAACAGCAUUCCCCUUUAACAAAUAUUCCCCAAUACCCACCCAUUCCCCCUUGGUUUCGGUUACCCUAGAUAAGUGAAAAAACCUUCCAAUUAUUUACCGCGAUUUUACAGUGCAUUUAUGAAUUGAACAUAGGCUAUGAAUCUUCCGCAAAACAGUUGGCAAACGAGGCUUGCCUUAAAGUAAGGGUUACAACAAAUAGAAUGGUUAACAAUCGAUGUGAGGUGCCUCCGUCAACGAGGAACUCCUUAGUAGGAGGCCAGGCACUGCAGGACGUAGCUGUAGUCUCCGGAGAGGUCGUCCUGGAAAGGAGAUCAGUGGAUGGUGAAUGUGACCCAGCUUUGCCGUUGAGUGUAAGCCAACUUUAUUAGUUAAUACAAGCACAAACUACGCAUACGACUUCGAUGCGCAAUAAUUUACAAUAAAAAAAGACAUGUAUACAAAAUAAAAAUACGUAAAAAUGUUAAAUAA